AUGGAAAGAAGAAUGAAUAAUACACGCGCAUCACCAUCAAGACAGUACGGACUGUUUGAUCAAAAAAGAGGAGAAAAGAAAAGAGGAGGAAAGGGAAGAGGCGGUUUUUCGAAUUCGAGAGGAGAACAGCAGGAAAGAGGACACGAGAAACGUAGAGAUCCAUUUGAAGAUCCACAAAGUGAGAAAGACAGCUUUGGGGAAAGAGAAAUAAGAGAUGACGGAAAGAGAAGAUAUGACAGAAAUUCAAGAGGAGGAAGACAAAGCACGGAGAGAAGAUAUAAAACUCAACGAACGACAGAAACAAAGGAAAAUAGUGAAGGAAAGUCACAAAUUACCGAAAAUCUCGAGAUUGAGAAAAGUCAGAAAAAUGACGAGAAACGUCAAAGAAAUGAGAAGAGGAGGAAAGAAGGAAGAGAACAGCGAAAGGCCCGGAUGGAAAUGCAACGAGAAAAUGAGAAGAAAAUGGUCGAGGAGAUGGCUAAAGAAACUUGGAAGCCAAGAAGAAAUGACGUCAACGACGUUAUUAAAGAGGUCAAAGACUCCAUGACCGACCUAGAUAAGAAUAAACCAACCGAGGAAAUGUGUGGGGCAAACGACUUACUGGAGUACUUGUACUCAAAACAAUUUGCGCCAUGGGAAGUAGGAAAGGACGGAGUGCCCAACCCUAUUUUGAUUGUCAAACCCUAUAAGAGACGAACAAGCGCAAAUGAGGAAAGUCCGUGUGACUUCAGAACAGAGGCGGCACUCUGCGACUCGCUUGCAUUUUUGCUGAAAAUUAUGGACGAUCCAAAGUUUGAAAACAUCCCACUCGAUGACAAAUUUAUUUAUGUGUCGGAGCGGAUUAGAUCGAUUCAUACGGAUAUCAUACACGAAGGAUAUGUCUCAGUACAAAUAUUUGACAUAACAAGAGCCGUCAUCAAAUUCUAUGCGUUUUACUCAUUCAUGAUCAAUUCAGACAAUUUCGAUUACGCGAAACAACAAUUGAAACAAUGGAUGUUGACUUUACGACAACUUUACAAACACAUCAAUAGAAUCAAAAACGAGGAAGACAUUAACUACAUAUUGGAAGAUAUUGAAAAUGAUACUUACGACCAAGUGCUGAUCAUGAACCAAGUCCAGAUACAAGAAAUGUUAGAUGGACAGAACGAGUUUGAUGGUGUAUUGUUGAUGAUAGAGAUCAACGAAGCAAUCAAGAACUGCGAAUACGGAAGGUUGAAAACGCUUUUGAAAGAGAUCCCUGUCAGUAUCGACACUAUCGUUUUUCAUGCCGUUUUUAGAAUGCGGCUUAUCGAGAUGAGGCACUUAGUUUUCAAGAAGUGGGUCGGGACAAUGCAAUUACCCAUUCCCGUUUCUUUUGCCAAAGACGCGCUGCUCUACGAUACUGAGAAGGAGUGUGUUGACGACUUGGUGUCGUGUGGAAUUGAUGUAAAAGAUGGGACCUUCCUUGCUAAGGAUUUCGACCUCCGUGAUUGCAAACGUAUCCCACGAAACAACUCUGAAAUUUUAAUUGGCGAACUCGAGGUUUCCAAAGCAGAGGUAUGUGGAGACAUUCCUUGGUCGGAGUUCUUCUUUGGGUGUGGGGAACAGUCUUCUGAAGUUACUGAAUGA